CAGAGGCGGUCAGAUGUUCUCCCUCCUGCUGAUCCUCCUGACCGUCCCGCUGGCCGGCGGCUGCCGGACCGCCCCCAGCACCGAGUGUGAGAAACCUCAGUUCGUCCCAGGACACAACCUGGUGGGAGAGGGGUUUGAUAUUGUGCGGAUGAAGACCAGCGGAGCCUUCGUGGUGAACGUUAGAGACUACAUGAUGGGUGGGGAUCACGGAAACUGCACCAUCUGCUCCAACCGGCUGCUGAACGUGGAGCAGAAGCUGCCCGCGUCCGUGCUGGACUGGAGGGUGAAGGUCUACUGCCGCCGCAGCAUCAGCGCCAAGGUGUACGAGUCCAGCAGCUCAGUGCUGAAGGAGACCUCCAGCUCCACCUCCGUCAGCUGGAAGGUGGGCCUCAGCAUCCCCUUCGUCGCCGGCGUGGCUGUGGGAGGCACGCACUCUCGAUCCUCCAGAUUCGCCCAGAGCCACUCAUCCCAGGACAAGUUCUCCUACACCAGCCAUGAGUUCUCCUGCAAAUAUUACUCGUUCCGCCUUCAUUCCCGGCCACCUCUGACCAAAGAAUUCCUCGGCUCCAUCAAGGCUCUUCCUGCUCAAUACAACAGCCAAUCUAAAGCCAGAUACGAGAGCUUCAUCUCCACCUACGGCACACACUUCCUGCGGCAGGUGGACCUGGGCGGCCGUGUGCACUCCACCACUGCCAUCCGCACCUGCCAAGUGUCUAUGACCAGCCUGUCGGUGCAGGACGUCAGCAACUGUCUGUCAGUGGAGGCUUCGGCCACCAUCAAGGGUGUUAAGGUGGGCGCGCAAACAAGCUACUGCAAGAACAAAGGCAAGAAGCUGCAGAACAGCAACAGCUUCUCUGGAUCCUUCUCAGAUCGGGUCACCGAGGUUCUGGGAGGAGAUGGAAGUCAUGGUGACAUUCUGUUCGCACCAGACAAGCAGAAUGGCUACACCGCCUGGCUCAAGACGCUGAAGACGGUCCCCGGAGUGGUUUCCUAUAGGCUGAAUUCUCUCCACAUGCUGGUUCGAAACGACACACUCAGAAGAACCAGCCUGCAGAAGGCCAUCACAGAGUACAUCAUGAAAAGCGCAGUCUCUCUGUCCUGCUCGUCCAAGUGCAAGACCGGCCGCAGGAUCAACUGCGCCUGCAAGUGCAACGGCCACCAGAGGGUCGACUCCAACUGCUGCCCCAGCCAGCCGGGCAUAGCCACCCUCACAGUCAAAGUGGAGCGAGCGGCGGGACUCUGGGGAGAUUACUUCUCCAAAACUGAUGGAUAUGUGAAGAUCUUCUAUGGAAGUCAGGCCGACACCACUGGAGUUAUCUGGAACAACAACUUCCCCGUCUGGAACCACGUCAAAAAUUUAGGAACUGUGGAUCUGACAAAGAGAACGCAGGUACGGUUUGAGGUGUGGGAUCGUGAUAACAGGUGGGAUGAUGAUCUUCUGGGUAAAGCUGCUCUGGUGCCCCAACAAAGCAACAACAUGAAGAAGAGUUUCCGUCUGAAGCACGGCACACUCUACGUCUCAGUCACAGCGGUCUGCGGCCCGCACCUGAGCGGCCCGCUGUGUGAAAAAUACGCCCCGUCGCCCACAUCUGAGGACCGCCUGACCUACGUGAACCUCUUAGAGGGUCACCGACCCACCUUGCUUCAGGGACAUUACGACCCGGCGCGGAACAGCAGCUUCCUCUGAGCUUCAGGCGGAAAUACACGCUGCACAUCGAAAGUUUGAAGAUGCUGAAUGAUGUCUGAUUUUCGCUGUUACUUUGUUUAAAAUGAAGUUAUUUUAAUCUCUGUCAAAGCCCACUGAUCAUAUAGCAGCUCUGUGCUAAUGCUUAGCCUGUCCCUCCACUGUUAGACCUAACAGUUUCCCCUGUUCACCUGUUCAUCUAUUCACCUGUUCAUCUAUUCACCUGUUCAUCUAUUCACCCAUUCUCCUGUUCACCUGUUCAUCUAUUCACCUGUUCAUCUAUUCACCUGUUCAUCUAUUCACCCAUUCCCCUGUUCCCCUGUUCAUCUAUUCACCUGUUCCCCUGUUCACCUAUUCACCUGUUCACCUGUUCACCUGUUCAUCUGUUCACCUGUUCACCUGUUCAUCUAUUCACCCAUUCUUCCUGUUCACAUGUUCAUCUAUUCACCAAUUCUCCUGUUCACCUGUUCACCUGUUCCCCUGUUCACCUAUUCACCUGUUCACCUGUUCAUCUAUUCACCUAUUCACCUGUUCAUCUAUUCAACUACUCACCUGUUCACCUGUUCAUCUAUUCACCUGUUCCCCUGUUCACCUAUUCACCUGUUCAUCUAUUCACCUGUUCACCUGUUCAUCUAUUCACCUAUUCACCUGUUCAUCUAUUCACCUACUCACCUGUUCACCUGUUCAUCUAUUCAUCUGUUCCCCUGUUCAUCUAUUCACCUGUUCCCCUGUUCACCUAUUCCCCUGUUCAUCUAUUCACCUACUCACCUGUUCACCUGUUCAUCUAUUCAUCUGUUCCCCUGUUCAUCUAUUCACCUGUUCCCCUGUUCACCUAUUCACCUGUU